AUGACCACCCUCUUAUCCUUCACUCCGCGACCUCUCAGGGUUCGAGCCUCCGCAAUCGCUUCCAUUACCAACCUUCACUUUCACACUCAAGGUGGAUCGCCGGAUAGGGAGGAGGUAAUGAUAAUCAAGAACCAGGAGGAAGAAGCUUGGUUUGUUAAACUCGCGUCGACGCUCUUCUUCGUCAAUUUGCGUUCUUUGGAUCCUUGUUUGUCAUAUCUUCGAGGGAAGUUGACCCCUUCGAUUGCGGUCGAGGUGAUUAAGAGGUUUAAGGACGUCCCUGAAGUAGGGUUCAAGUUCUUGGAGUUCAGUAGAUCGAAUUUGAGCCUAAUCCAUUGCUUUGGUACUUAUAAUUGGAUGAUAAGGUCAUUUUGUCAAAUGGGUAUGCUUGAUAUGGCGGAACUUCUGUUUCAUUACAUGAGGGGAGACGGGCAUUUUCCUGAUGGUAAUCUGUCGUGGUUUAUGAUUACUGAAUUCGUUCGAGCUCGAAGAUUCGAUCUCGCCGGUAGUUUACUCUCAGAGCUGAGGGGAAUGGGUGUUCAGAUUAGUCCUUUUCUGUAUAAUAACCUGUUGAAUGAACUGGUCAAGUCGAAUCAAGUGCAGGAAGCUAUCAUUUUGUUCAAAGAGUUUCUGGCAUUGCAGGCUAGUCCCGAUACUUGGACUUUCAACAUUCUAAUCCGUGGUCUUUGCAGAGUAAGGGAGGUUGAUAAAGCAUUCGAGUUUUUGAACGAUAUGAGGAGUUUCGGUUGUUUGCCUGAUAUUGUUACGUACAACUCUCUUAUAAAUGGACUCUGUAGGAUAAAUGACUUGGAUAGAGGCCGUGGGUUAUUGCAGGAGCUGCAAUCUAGCAAUGAUUGCUCCCCAGAUGUUGUCAGUUACACUUCAGUUAUAUCAGCGUUUUGCAAAUCGGGGCAGAUGGAGGAUGCUUAUAUUCUUUUCCAGGAGAUGAUUAGGACUGGGGUUAAGCCCAGCACAAUCACUUUCAACGUUCUAAUUGAUGGAUAUGGCAAGGACAGUAACAUGGUUGCAGCAGAAGCCAUCUACGAAAAGAUGGGCCAUUUCGGUUGCUCUCCUGAUGUGGUUACUUUCACUUCCUUGAUCGAUGGUUAUUGUCGAAGUGGACAGGUGAACAUGGGUUUGAAGCUUUGGGAUGCGAUGAGAACUAGAAACAUGAUGCCCAAUUCGUAUACAUAUUCCAUUCUUAUUAAUGCUCUUUGCAAAGAGAAUAGACUUCAUGAGGCUCGUGGGUUUUUGAAUGAACUAAAGUCGAGUAAUGUCGUGGCACGACCAUUCAUGUAUAAUCCGGUAAUUGACGGGUUUUGCAAGGCAGGAAAUGUGAAUGAGGCAAAUCUCAUUGUCCAGGAGAUGGAAGAGAAGAAGUGCAUUCCUGACAAAGUGACAUUUACCAUACUCAUUGUUGGUCACUGUAUGAAAGGUAGAAUGGCUGAUGCAAUUGGUAUUCUCAAUAAGAUGUUGACUAUUGGUUGUGCCCCAGAUAGCAUUACCAUAAGUUCGUUGACAUCUUGCCUUUUGAAAGCUGGGAUGGCUAGUGAAGCAUACCGAGUAAAGCACAUGUUAGUUCAGGACCUCAACUCAGGUCAAUCAAGUUGUAGGAAGAUUGACCAUCUUAUUAGAGCUAGAGAUAUCCCUGUGGCAGCUUGA